UGUCGCAUAGUGAGCUGCUACUUUGAAGGACAGUUCUGGAGCUCAGAUCGUAUUUUGCUGACAAAAUAUGGAUUGAAAGAUGGAUUGGCUUUAUAGAAAAGCACUCAGGCCCAUUGGCUCAUGUUCUAUAGAAACUUUCCCCUGGCCAUUCCAUUCAUUCUUUCAGAGAAUCUACAUUUUUACCCCACCAGGAAAGCCAGAAAAUUCAGCCGAGCCCAAUGCUACUGAAGACGGGGAACAGAGACAUUCUUGCCUGUCAACCAACCCAGUGGUAGAAGAAGAAGAGUGUGAACACAGUCCUGAGAAGAAUCCCACAAGGCAGUUGCUCCUGGACUAUGGACAAGGACUGACAAAAGGUUUGAAGGAGAAAAAGCUCACCCCAAAGAGACUGCAGCUCCUUCUGGUGGGGAAAACAGGAAGUGGGAAAAGUGCAACAGGAAACAGUAUCCUUGGCAGGCAAGUAUUUGAGUCCAAAAUCAGUGCUCGACCAGUGACCAUGGCAUUCCAGAAAGGGAGCAGAGAGUUUGAGGGGAAAGAACUUGAGGUGAUCGACACUCCAGAUAUUUUGUCACCUCAGAACCAGCCUGAGGCAACAGCUAAGAAGAUCCAUGACAUCUUGGCCUCACCAGGGCCCCACGCAGUGCUCCUGGUGAUGCAGGUGGGCCGGUAUACUCCAGAGGACCAGGAGGCUGCCAGGCGCCUCCAGGAGAUCUUUGGAAACAGGAUCCUGGCUUACACUAUUCUGGUGUUCACCCGGAAGGAAGACCUGGCUGAGAGCUCAUUAGAAGAAUAUAUUCAAGAGAACAAGAAUAACAGCCUGAAUGUUCUGGAUGUUGUGUGUGAGAGGCGCCAUUGUAGCUUCAACAACAAGGCCCAAGGGAAUGAGCAGGAGGCCCAAUUGAAGAAACUUAUGGAGGAAAUCGAAUUGAUCUUAUGGGAAAAUGAGGGCCACUGUUACACCAUGGAACUUCCAAAUGUUCCCAACAAAACACUCUAACCAAAUAGCAAGGCUCUGAGGAGGCAACCAUUAAAGAGUCAUGGCUGGAAAGGCGGUCCCAGAUUCAGAUGGCCUCUGAGAAAACCUGUACAUACUGAUGCAGAGGGCAUCCAUAUGAGCCCAAGCUGGCCAUAAGCAGGAGUGUCUUAGUCAGUUGCCACAGACUGGGUUUCUUUGGGGACCCCUUGUUUUGUGGGAUGAUGAGCGUUUUGACCAGGUGGGCAAGGGACUUUGGCGGUGA